CAUGGUGCUGCUUACGCUAUGCUACGCAUGCAUUCACUCCGGCAUUUCUAGACUUCAGAUUUCCCUGUGAACUUCGAGACUUCUUGGAAACCAGGCAUCUGCUCUCUAGUCUCCCCGACUUUGUGAUCGUUGCAACUGUACCGGAAUGACCCCAGAACCCAACGUCCUGCCCGCCUCUUGCACUCACUUUCCACAAUAUCCGCGUGGUUUUAGCGCCUUCAACCUUCAGGGUGACCUUUCACUUUCUGUUCGCAGAUGCUGUUCUUGGCCACUUUCUUCCCCACCUGGGAAGGUGGCAUCUAUGACUUCAUUGGGGAAUUCAUGAAGGCCAGUGUGGAUGUGGCCGACCUGAUAGGCCUAAACCUUGUCAUGUCCCGGAAUGCAGGCAAGGGGGAAUACAAGAUCAUGGUUGCUGCCCUGGGCUGGGCCACUGCGGAGCUCAUUAUGUUCAGCUGCAUCCCUCUCUGGGUGGGAGCCCGAGGCAUUGAAUUUGACUGGAAAUACAUCCAGAUGAGCAUCGACUCCAACAUCAGUCUGGUCCACUACAUCGUUGCGUCGGCUCAGGUCUGGAUGAUAACCCGCUAUGACCUGUACAACACCUUCCGGCCUGCCGUCCUCCUCUUGAUGUUCCUUAGUGUCUACAAGGCCUUCGUCAUGGAGACCUUCGUCCAUCUCUUCUCUUUGGGCAGCUGGACAGCCCUGCUGGCCCGGGCCGUGGUGACGGGACUGCUGGCCCUCAGCACCUUGGCCCUGUAUGUUGCUGUUGGCAAUGUACACUCCUAGCUUGGUGGCCCGGGUGUUGGCGUACCUUUUUCGCUGCCUCUCUCUCCACGAUUUUAGUGAAGUUAAACCAGUGUU